AUCUAUUUAACCCAAAGUAGUUCAUACACAAGAGAAAAAUGUCAGUUUCCAAGCUCUCCUUAUUUAAGGCUGGGUCUUAAGAUGUUGUGUUUGUAGAGAUGUCAGGAAAGAUAUAGCAAGUUUAAACCACUGCAUGGGUCAAUGCUUAGCUAAUUUCUAGAUGAAUGACAAAGGAAACAGGUUGCAUCAAGGCUGCUGCUCUCACUUCCUUCUGUGGGGAGAUACACACAUUGCCUGAAAAAGAACUAAGCCAGUGUGCACUCUGCCCAGCAACGAUGGGCAACUGGGUGGUGAACGAGGGACUCUCCAUCCUUGUCAUUCUUGUGUGGCUGGGCUUAAAUGCCUUCCUCUUUUGGUGGUACUACAGAGUAUAUGAUGUUCCAGUCAAAUUCUACUAUAGCAGAGAGCUUCUUGGGUCUGCUUUGGCCUGGGCACGAGCACCUGCAGCCUGUUUGAAUUUCAACUGCUUGCUGAUUCUGUUGCCAGUCUGUCGAAACCUGCUCUCCUUCCUCAGAGGAUCCAGUGCGUGCUGCUCAACCCGUAUCCGGAGACAGUUAGACAGGAACCUCACGUUUCACAAAAUGGUGGCUUGGAUGAUCGCCCUUCAUACCGCCAUACACACCAUCGCACACUUAUUUAACGUAGAGAGGUGUGUUGAUGCACGUGUUGAAGCAAAAGGAACUAUUCAAGCUGCUCUCUCUGAACUUGGUGAUAAGUCAGGAGAAACCUAUCUGAAUUUUGUCCGAAAAAAAAUCUCGAACCCCGAAGGUGGCCUAUACGUAGCUUUCACAUACUUGGCAGGUCUCAGUGGUGUCAUCAUUACAUUGGCCCUUAUAUUAAUCAUCACAUCAUCCACUAAAACCAUUCGAAGGUCCUAUUUUGAAGUAUUUUGGUACACACACCAUCUCUUUGUCGUCUUCUUUAUUGGACUUGUCAUUCAUGGAGCUGGCCGUAUUGUACGUGGACAGACAGCUGAGAGUUUGAAAGUGCAUGAUCCACAAACAUGUGGAAAGAACUUCUCUCAGUGGGGAAAAAUACCUUCAUGUCCUAUCCCCCAGUUUGCUGGAAAUCCUCCUAUGACAUGGAAAUGGGUAGUGGUGCCCAUGAUUUUGUACUUCUUUGAGAGGUUGGUGCGAUUUUGGCGAUCCCAGCAGAAGGUUGUAAUCACAAAGGUGGUCAAUCAUCCCUUCAAAACGUUUGAGCUCCAGAUGAUGAAAAAGGGCUUCAAGAUGGAAGUUGGCCAGUACAUUUUUGUCCAAUGUCCCGCAGUGUCCCAUCUGGAGUGGCACCCUUUCACACUGACUUCUGCCCCUGAAGAGGAUUACUUCAGCAUUCACAUCCGUAUUGUAGGAGACUGGACAGAGGGCUUGUCCAAUGCCUGUGGAUGUGAUAAACAAGAAUUUCAAGAAGCAUGGAAAUUGCCAAAGAUACUUGUGGAUGGCCCCUUUGGCACAGCUAGUGAAGAUGUAUUCAGUUAUGAAACUGUGAUGCUGGUUGGAGCUGGAAUAGGGGUCACCCCAUUUGCAUCUGUACUCAAGUCUGUUUGGUACAAAUACUGCAAUGAUGCAACCAAUCUAAAACUCAAAAAGAUCUAUUUUUACUGGCUCUGCAGAGACACUCACGCCUUUGAAUGGUUUGCUGACCUUUUGCAGUCCCUGGAGAAUCAAAUGCAGGAGAGGGACAAUGCAGAGUUUCUCAGUUACAACAUCUACCUAACAGGCUGGGAUGAAUCUCAGGCCACUCAUUUUACAGUACACCAUGAUGAAGAGAAAGAUGUGAUUACGGGUCUGAAACAGAAAACCUUGUAUGGCAGACCCAACUGGGAAAAUGAGUUCAAAACCAUUGCAAGUCAGCACCCAAGCUCCAGAGUAGGCGUUUUCCUCUGUGGACCGGAAGCCCUGGCUGAAACACUCAAUAAGCAGUGUAUCAACAACUCGGCUGCUGAUCCACGAGGAGUACACUUCAUUUUUAACAAGGAAAAUUUUUAACUCACUGGCCCCGACAGGAUACUGGAAUAGCUAAAUCCAAAAGCUAAAGAGCUUGGUUGUUUUUUUCUGUUGGAGUUUGGAGAUUAUGGACCGGAUUCUGAUCUCAGUUACACUAAUGUUAAACCGUUUGCUUCAAUGGAAUUGCUCUGGAUUUACACUGGUGUAACUUUGACCUUGGGUCUGUUUGCAUGGGCCUCCACAUUCUGAGCAAUUUAGCAGAAAUUUAUUCUUUAUGGGGUUUGUCUCAACUAUCUUUAGCUUCCUGUCAUUUGUAGUGAUUUCCUCAGGGUAUCGAAAGAGGUUGCAUCGUGGGGAGCCAGUUUACACUGAUAAUAGCUUAAUCCUAUGAAACAAAAAAAGCGUGUUAGCAUAAUGCUUGCUAUUUAACAUGCAGUUUAUUUUGGCUGCAGGGAUUUUCUGGAAGAAAGAGGAAUUUGGGGAGGGAUGAAUGGGAUUUAGGCUAUGUCUGCACUACAAAUUACUUUGGUUCAAUUUACAUGGCUCAGGGGUGUGAAUAAUCCACAUCCCUAAGCCAGUGGUUUUCA